UCAAUGUCUGAUGACGAAUUUCCCCACGAAUCAUUAUCACUCAAUUCUGCAAGUGGUUCUAAUUUACUAUUGCUGUUCUCUAGCUGGUCUAAAACCGCUUUUGACCUAAAGGGACGCUUUUUGGACACCAAGGACAUUUCUCAGUUUCCAGGCAGAAAGAACAGUAAAAAUGUAGGCAGGGCACAGGACAAAGCACUAGGGACAAAAUGUAUGUGAAAUGGUUUGAUACAGUAAUGUUUUACUAUGUAAUUUUACUUUAGUAAAUAAACCCCUAUUUGUCAUUUUCAAAUUUCCCGCCAUUCCGUCCCCGUACGUCCUGGCGCUCGCAGGGAACGGAACCCGGAAGACAGAUGCCGGCAUCUGCCGGAGGACAUAGCCGGGGAUACUGCAGGAGGGACA